AUGUUUAAAAGUGAUAGGUUUAAGAAAGUCUCUCAGGCUUUUAAAUCACCCAAAUCAAGUGGCUCUGCAAAUAGAAGUGCAAGCAGUUCUCCUAUAGUUCCUGCAAGUUCUGAUGGGAAGUUCAAAAGUGUUUCCAAUUCUAUUAUGAAAGCUAACCCUAUUUCUCAAUCGUCUGACGCUAGACUGUUUGAUUCACACGUGGUUAAAUAUUCAGGGAUUAAGGGUAAGAUCAUAGCUUACUCAUUUGAUUACACGCAAAGUUUAAUGGCUGUAGCUACUGAUCUGAAUGAAAUUCAUGUAUUCGGUCAAGGUCAAGUGGAAGUAGUCUUUACAUUAUCCAUAAAGGGUUCCAUCCGUACUCUAAAUUUUGUUAAAGGUAUAUAUUUAGUUGCCAUCGAUUCUAAGGAUACAUUACUGGUAUUGUCGUUAUACUCAAAGAAAGUAUUAGCUUCGGUGUUUAUUCCUAGUCAUAUUACAUGUGUCGAAACUGAUCCUGGUAUCGACUGGAUUCUUUUAGGUUUACAGAAUGGUGCCGUUAUGGUAUAUGACGUAGAUCGUAACAGCUUCUCAGGUGUUACUAUUGAAAAUCUUCAAAAAUCUCAGUUUUUCCCUAAGGAGAUCAUAUCACCUGUUGUUUCAGUUAGAUGGAACCCAAGGGACUUAGGUAGUGUAUUAAUAUCUUACAAUUCUGUAACAGUGGUAUAUUCAUUGGUGGAAAUGGAAAUUAAACAAAGUUUUAUAUAUGAACUUCCACCAUUUGCUCCAGGUGGUGACAAUUCUGAUAAAAAAAUUGAUACAGUUAGAAGGCCUAAAGUUGUUCAAUCGUUAUACCAUCCAAACUCUUUGCAUAUAUUAACAGUGCAUGAGGAUAACUCAAUGGUAUUUUGGGAUGCUAACACAGGUCAUUUAAUUGAGGCUAGAACUUUAUUUGAAACAGAUGUCAACAUUCCAAACCCUAAAAGAGAAAUAUUAAUGGGAGCUGCAGGGUCUCCUCAAAUAUUUAAAGUUUAUUGGAUAUGUAUGAAUAAUCCUGAAUAUACAUCAUUAUUGGUUGCUACAAAGAGUUUGGCAAAAGGUGAUACUAGUCAAGGUAUUACUAUCCUUGACCUUGGUGGGACUCCACUUUACAGCAUAACUUCAUAUGAUGCAAUGCAACAAUAUUAUGCAAACCCUAAACAUCAAAAAUUAUGUCCAUUGGUAAAUAGAGCUCCAUUAGUAGAUAUUUUACCUUUACCAAAAGCUUCCGCCCAUUUUGGUGGUUGUCAUGAUCCUGCUGUUGUACUUGCAUUACUAGAUGAUGGUGAGAUAGAAACACUAUUAGUUAAAUCUGGUUCCUUCACUUCAAAAGCAAGCUUAUUAUCCCAAAGUUUAUCAUGGACAAGACCAGUGGUUACAACCUCAACUGCAUUUUCUGUUCCUAAGAAAUUAUGGCUAGGUUUAAUGUCAACUUAUUCCACAGUAAAUGAAUCAAUUUUGAAAGGUGGUACCUCUUCCAAGAGAGGAAUGAGACCCUCAGAAAUUAGAACAGCUAUUGCAACAGGCCACACUAACGGUUCUGUUAGAAUUUGGGAUGGUGCUCAAAAUGAAUUAGAUGAUAAAUGUGUAUUUGAGGUCAAUGUUGGUCGGGUUGUUAAUAGAGCUCUCCACUUAUCAAUUUCAAAGAUACAUUUUGCAGCAGAAACAUUAGAACUAGCUGUAGCAACUGAACAAGGUGAAGUUAUUCUAUACAAAUUUGAAUUAAACCAAUUCUUUAAGGAUAAUAAACAAAGCUCAGAUACAGAUCUUGACAUGAUGUUUAGAAGAUUCUCUCUUGAAGAUGCUAAGGACAUUUUGGUGGAUGUGAGAGAUAGAGCACCUCCUAACAUUAAACAAGGGUUCAUGCCAAGUACUGUGGUUAAUGCAAGAAGAGGUGAGGUCACCUCCUUGUGCAAUAGUAAUAUCGGGUUCGUCGCGAUAGCAUACUCGAGUGGUGCCAUAAUAGUCGUUGAUAGAAGAGGUCCAGCUGCAAUAUUUAUGGGACAAGUGAGAGAUAUACCAAAAAUCAAAGGAACAUGCAUUACUUCGGUCAAUAUAUCUAUCAUGGAAUACGCCUCUGAUGGUUAUUCAAGUAUAUUGAUGUACUGUGGCACAGACUCCGGUGAGUUGAUUACAUAUAAAAUUUUACCAAGUGGUAGUGGUAGGUUUUCGGUGGAGUUUAUUGAAAUAUCGAAGACUAGCGAUAAUGGUCCAAUCAUAAGUAUUGCUUCUUAUGCUAAAGCUUCAGGAGGCAGUUGUGAGGGUACUAUUAUGAAGAUGCAAGAAUUAACAAGAGGCUCAUGCGUCGCUGGUUACGUUAUUGUGACUGGGAAGAAUGACAUUAGAAUAGUUAAACCUGGUAAAUCUAAGGAAGAUCACAAAUCAUAUAGACAUCCAAUUGUUGCCUGUGAUAUUACAUACAUCUUAAAUUACGGUUCAAAGGGUGAAGCCAGAAUAACAACAUUCUUGGUCGCUGUUUUAAGUAAUGCCUGUGUGAAGGUUUUAGCUUUACCUGACUUAAAAGAAAUAAAAUCUAUGGACCCACCUACUCCAGUGAGUUCACAUUAUAUCACAGAAACAGCCGUUAUUAAGAAUGGUGAUGUCUUCAUGAGAAUUGGUAAAUAUCUUUCGGUUCUUCUAUCUAUCGUUAACGAACAGAGUAAUGCUGUGCCAGGAAGUCCUACCCUUUCCUCCAAUGGUCCUGUGGUUGAUGUUCUAUAUAAUCCAAAUUUAAAGAUCACAUAUAGACCACAGGUCAAUUCAUUGCAAUGGGCGAGAGGUACAGUUUACUGUACCCCUGAGCAAUUGGCUUUGAUAUUAGGAGGUGAGAAGCGUCCUGACUCAAGAUAUAAAGAAAGUGCGAUUGCUACAGGUACAUUAUCUUCAGAACCUCAUUCUUCAGAACAUGCCUAUCAAAAACCUAUAAGACAUGCUAAUAAGCAUAAUGCAGGAUAUGGUUAUAUGAAAGGGAUAUCUCGUACUGUCGAAACCCAUUGGGAUAAUAUCGAGACCCAAUUUAAUGAUUAUGCUACGGCUACUGGUCAAGCAAUGAACGAUGCAAUGGAACAAACCGGGAAGGAUAUUGUAAAAGGUUCUUUCGGUUUAUGA